AUGAGUGCAUCCAAACUAUCCGCGGGUAUCCUACUCGUGCUGUAUUACCACGCCAGAUUCAUGGCAAUCCUCUUGUACAGAACAGAAUCAAUUGAAUUGGUCAACACCUGUCUGCGCCUCUUCCGUCGCCUUCGAGCUCUACCCAAGCGAAGAACUUUUGGCUAUGGGGGCUGCCGAGAGCUGGUGCUGUUGCUCCUCUCAUUGAGCUGCCGCAUCCAUGAAAUGGUAUACGCUUUAGGACAAAUAGAGAGCAUACUGAUCUGGUGGUGUAACACCUUUGUCGUCUUCGGCUCCAGCAUAAUGAUGGGCAUUACUUUUUUGGGCUAUCUCAGCCUGGGGCUGCUCUACUCCGAGCUGAACGAUUUUGUCCGCUGCGAGUUGCGCGGCCAACUGCAGGCUCUGGAACGGCCGCACGGACUACAGCCGGGACGCCAACAGUUGAGGACUGUACGCCGCCAUCUGGAUGAGUGCUUGGCCCUCUAUAGGGAGAUCUACUGCCUGGCCACUUCGUUUCAGCAGCUAAUCGAGAUUCCGUUCUUGUUGACCUUCAUUCACAAUUAUAUUUUGCUUGGUGUCAUCAUUUACAAGCUGACUAUCGAUGGUUGGUUCGAUGAGCAUAAAGUGCUGCUCGGUGCGGUGACAAUCAAAGUGAUUCUAGACUUGCUGCUUGUGACUUUGUCUGUGGAUGGUGCCAGGACUCAGUUCAGGGUCAUUCGGCGGCUCAGUUUGGAGAACUGCCAUGUCAGCGACCACGCAGAUUGGCACAUGAUGUUUGAUAUUUUUGUGACACAUUUGAAUCUAUACGAAUUUCGGGUGCGUCCCCUGGGUCUGUUUGAGAUCUCCAACGAGCUGGUCCUGGUGUUCGUUUCCGCUCUGGUCACCUUUCUAAUAUACAUCAUACAAUAUGAAAUGCAGUCAAAGGUGGCAUGGCAAUAG